AUAGAACAAUAAGGUAGUAAUAGAUUUAACAACGGGUCAGAUACACUUUUUCCUUACAUAGUAAUUAAUUGAUAUCAAAUCUUUAUAUAUAUAAUUUAUAUAUAUAUCGAGGGAUAUAUUAGUGUGUGUAUCAGGAUUUUUUAAAAGAAAUCAUGCUUGUUUUAGUACUAGGUGACCUACAUAUUCCACACAGGUGUAGCAGUCUGCCAAGCAAAUUCAAGAAGCUAUUAGUACCAGGCAGAAUCCAACAUAUUUUAUGUACAGGCAAUCUCUGUACGAAAGAAUCUUAUGAUUAUCUUAAGACGUUAGCCAGUGAUGUACAUGUAGUUAGAGGAGAUUUUGAUGAGAAUUUGAAUUAUCCAGAACAGAAAGUGGUUACAGUAGGCCAGUUUAGAAUAGGACUUUCUCAUGGGCAUCAAGUAGUGCCGUGGGGUGAUCCGGAAUCCUUGGCACUAAUACAGAGACAAUUGGAUGUUGAUAUUCUAAUAUCUGGACACACACAUAAAUUUGAGGCAUAUGAGCAUGAAAAUAAAUUCUACAUUAAUCCAGGCUCAGCUACUGGAGCUUACAAUCCUCUGGACACAUCUGUCAUUCCAUCAUUUGUAUUAAUGGAUAUUCAAAGCUCAACAGUUGUUACUUACGUGUAUCAGCUGGUUGGGGACGAAGUCAAGGUGGAAAGAAUUGAAUAUAAGAAGAGUUAGAACAAUUGGAGGGAAUUUUCAGGAUAUCUCAAUUAUAAAUUAUAUCCGGAAUGGAAAGGUGCGACUAUGCAUAUGAACGCUUAAUUUGCACGAUUUGUGCACUUUGCGUCGCAUUAAAUAAUUAUCAUUUAAGUAUGAAUCAUUUAACACAUAAUUAUUGUAAAUAAAGUGAUAUCAAUAUUAUGUAUCAAAAAUAAGUUUUCUUGAGAAGUAUUCAUUAUGUAUCUAAAAAUGAAUUAAUAGAUCAAAGUAUAAUAUCCAAAACUACCACAAAUAAUUUAACAGAAUUCUAUAGAAUAUAUUGUACAAAAUAUUAUGUCUAUAUAUAUAUAGAAUUUAUCUUGUAGGUAUAUAACGUUUAAUAUAUGUCGCAUUAUCUUAAUCUAGAGAUGUAUGAAUACUUACAAAGUUUAAGGUGAGCUCGAGCAUGUUGAAAAUCAAAACAUUAUAAAAAGUUUGAAGUCUUUUUGUUAAGCAAAAAGCAAGACAAUGUUUUUGUUUGAAAAAAAAUUUGUUAUAAGAGAUAUAAAAAGCGUGCGUCAUUUCAUUAAGAUACCAAUUAAUUGUAUCUAGGUAGUGUUAAUGACUGUGUAAAAUGUCGAUUGUCGUUUUAUCAUAUUUUUUAUAACAAACUAGGAACACAUCAUAGAACACUUUCUUACAAAAAACCACUCAUUCAGUCCGGACGCGCUCGUAACCUUACAUAUAAAUUUAAAUAAAUAAAAGAUUGCACGUUA